AUGGAUAUGUUUAGAGAAGGCGGAUCUACCACCAGACCUCCCAUGCUUGAAGGGGCUAACUAUCCUUAUUGGAAAACAAAGAUGAGAGCUUAUCUUAACUCUGUUGACGAACGAGUUUGGAUGACUGUUUCUGAGGGAUGGACUCCCCAAACUGAGAAAGUGGGAGAUGUUGACAUUACUAAGGCUGCCAGCAAGUGGACGACUGAAGAAAUUGAGAAGGCCAAUUUUAACUCUAAAGCUCUCAAUGCUAUUUUCAAUGUUGUUUCCACUAAUCAGAUGAAAGUGGUUGCCAAUUGUGAGAUUGCUAAGGAAGCAUGGGAUAAGUUGAAGAUCAAGAAUGAGGGUACUUCAGCUGUCAAGAAGUCGAGACUGAGAUCUUUAGCCAGAGAAUUCGAAAAUCUUACCAUGGAUGAAGAAGAUUCGAUUGCUGAUUUUCAUGCUAAGUUGUGUGAUAUUUCGAAUGAGUCCUAUGCUCUGGGAGAGACCUACUCAAACGAUAAGCUUGUAAGGAAGGUUCUUGGGUCUCUUCCAAGAAGAUUCAAAGCCAAACUCACAUCUAUUGAGGAAGUGCAUGAUGUUGAAGAUAUGGACCUGGAUGAACUGAUUGGUUCCCUGCAGAAUUAUGAAUUAACCCUAAAAAGAUGGAGUAAAGGUAAGAAAGGGAAAGACAAGGAGACUAAGAAGACUGGAGGUAGCCUGGCCUUUGUGUUAAAGGAAACUUGUGACCAAGAAAGAGAAACGUUUGAUACUUUAACAGAAGAGAAAGUUGCUCUCCUUACUAGGAAUUAUGCAAAGUUUUUAAGAAAGAAUAUGAGGAAGAAUUCUUUUAACAACAAAGAGAAUAUUUUCAAGAAGAAUUUUUCUACGAAUCAGAAGACUAGUCAGACUCAAGACAACAAGAAUAGGGGGAUUCAGUGUAGAGAAUGUGAUGGGUAUGGACACAUACAGGCUGAAUGUGCUAACACUCAGAAAAGGAAGAAGAAGGCCCUUGUUACUACGUGGAGUGACAGUGAAGAAGAGAAAGAUGGGAGUUGCAGUGAGUUUUCAGAUCAUGAGAAAAAUUUCAUUGCUUUUCUGGCUAAAGAAGAGGAAGUUGAAAAUGAAGCUGGGGAUAAUGAGAGCAGCUGCUCUGAAGCUGAUAGUCUUGAUCAGCAAACUGCUUAUGAGCAAAUGUAUCAACAGUGGCUGACUAUGGUUCAAAAAGUUAAACUCCUUGAAGAACGAAAUUCCUCUCUUAACAUGACCAACUCCAAGCUUGAAGCUGAGAUAAAACACUUGACCGAAGAACUAGAAAAGAAGGAAGAGAAGUUGUAUGUUGUUCAAGCUGAUCUCGUUCGAGCCAAACAAUCAUUGGAAUCAAUACCUCCAGGAACAGCAGCCUUAAAUCAUCAGCUUCAUCUACAGAAACCCUAUGGAGACAGGACAUCUAUUGGUUAUAAGCUGUUAUACAAAAAGGGAGACAACCUUACCAUUGGUGACUCUCUUGGUUCAUCUGCUGCAGACAAAACUCACACUGUUAUUGAUGAUUCUGGCAGUCAGAGGAAUAGAUCUAAUAUCACAAAAUCUCCUAAUGAACAGAAGCAGAAGUUCAUUCCUAUUUGUCAUUUCUGUAAUCGUCGUGGUCAUAUUAGGCCAAGAUGUUAUCUGCUUCAAUCUUACCUUAGGAACUUGGUUGGGAGUCAAGUUAGUUCAUCUAGAUCAUCUCUUGCUGAAAGAAAAGAGUAUAAGGAGGAUGAUCAGUGGUACUUUGAUAGCGGAUGUUCCAAGCACAUGACUGGUAACAAACUGCUGCUGAAUAACUACAAAGAAGGUACGGAAGGUCUGGUCACGUUUGGAGAUGGCAACAAGGGAGCAAUUCUUGGGAGAGGAGAUCUUAUGCUUAAAAAUCUUCCUGUGGUCAAAGAUGUGCUUUAUGUUAAGGGACUGAAAGCAAAUCUCUUAAGCAUAAGUCAGCUGUGUGAUGAUCACUAUACAGUGAAUUUUUCUAAGUCCACUUGUCUUGUAAAGUCUACUGAUGGGUGUUCUAUCUUGUCUGGAACAAGGUCUAAUGAUAACUACUACAUGCUGGACAAUACUGAAGUGUGCUCUAGAGUUACAUUAGAUAAGUCUGACUUAUGGCAUUAUAGACUUGGUCAUCUGAACUACAGAGAUUUAAGGAAGUUGGUCAAACUUAAAGCGGUGAGAGGGGUUCCUGAUUUCAAAGUUAGCAGAGAACGUACAGAGAGUCUUAAUGGAAAAAGAUAUGUGAUGAAUGAAAAAGUCUUAAAGAUAGCUAAAGUGUUUAGACUCAGAAGCGACCAUGGCAAAGAGUUUGAAAAUGCUUUAUUCGCUGAAUUUUGUGAUCACAUGGGCAUUGCUCAUGAAUUCUCUGCUCCAAAAACUCUACAGCAAAAUGGCGUUGUAGAACGCAAGAACAAAACUCUUCAAGAAAUGGCAAGAGUUAUGCUGAAUGCCAAACGAAUUUCUCAAAGAUUUUGGGCAGAAGCUGUUAACACUGCAUGCUACAUAAGUAAUCGUGUGUGUUGA